UUAAAUAAAUGUGAUUACAGCAGUUUUGCCGGCAUAAAUGCACUUUUCAGCUCAUGUUUCUCUAACCUCGAAGAACCACGCACGAGUCUGACAACGCUGGCUCUGCUUUCAAAUGACUCAGUCUUUUAUUAUAAUCAACCAUAUGCCAGUUCACAUUAUAUUCAUGCAUUUGAGCUUGUUUAUAUAAGCACAGAUUUCCUUUCAUUCAUUCUCUUUACCAGUUUAUUCCUGUUUGGGGUAAAAUGGGAGCCUGGAGGCUAUUCCAGCAUGCAAUGGCAAGGGAACGUCACCCAGUGUUUUCAGAACAUUCCUGUUGAAAAAAAUGAUUAUUUUGCAUGUAAAUAAUGUGUGUAAAGAAGCUGUCCACUUAUUGCUUAUUCUGGGCUAGUGUGAUGCUUCAGUGAUUAGGAAGGCAGAGUGAAUUAUGGCCGCUGAUGGGAAGGAUCGCUGCAACACCUAAAUCACAGGGACUGGGCUCAGUUUCAGUUAUGACAGAGCAGCUCAUACAGUUUACCCAAGUCAUAUCUCAAUAUCGGAAGUAAAAGUGUGGACAACUUAGAUAUUUCAAAUGAUGUUAUUAUAGUUGUGUCUGCUGUUAAAUUUGUAUUCAGUAAUCACUUUGUAACCAUCAACACUAUGUAGGGAGGAAGCUUAUUGAGUCACUGUUUACAAGACAAUAAUAUUACUUUUUUGUAAUAUAUAAAUGCCACAUGUUAAUACAUUUAGAACAUUCCUAUUGCAAGAUGUUGGUUGAUAGUAAAGAGUGGAAUGGCAGGACAAUGAUGACAGAAGAAUGUCACUAGUGCGUCUAUACUGACACUAAAACACACACGAACUCAUUCAAAACACCAGAGAUUUUUUGUUAUUGUGCAAAAAUAAUUACUCUCUGUGAAAGGGGGUAUGAGUCAGGGCCAGACUACCAUAAAGUUACAAACAAAAACAAAUUAUAUGAAUUCAGACAGUUGUAUCCUGACAAAUGAAACAUUAGUAGCUGUCAAGCAACACAAUGAAACCAUGUGAGAACAUAACAGAAAAGAGUCCAUACAAUGAGGACUUGGCUCAGUACAACGCAGAUACUUUAAGAAUGGGUAGGGCGCCACAUAAAUGCUUGAAAGAAAACAUGUAUUGACAAGAAGUUUCAUCCCGAGAGCAAACAAGCAUGAACCUUAAUACCAAUGAAAAACAGAUAAGCCAGCGUGGAUUAAAAGUGUCAGUGCUGGGAUUUUCAUCCUUUUAUUAAACAGCCAUCGUUAGCAGCUUUUCACAUGUUAAACUAAAACCAGAAUGCUUCUUGGAAAGCGUGUGUUUAGUUGUUGGAUGGAGCUGGUCUCCUCUGGCACAUUAACACAAAUUACUUUCAUAUUUAAAGGACUUGUGUAACUUGUGGAAUUCAUUUUUUGCAGAAGAUGAAAGCCUUCUUCAUAGGAACUGAGUCUAAGAUGAAGUUAUGGGAUGUUUUGGCCACGUGUUUGUUGCUCCUGAGCUCUGUUGCUACACGGCCUCUCUACCAAAACACUCAGCCAGCCAAGAGGACUUAUUUCCCCAGCAGCUACAGUGAAUCUGCGACCCUGUCUGUGGAGGACAACCAGCCAAAGUUCCAGCGCGAAGACCACAACCUGCAGGAGAUCUCCAUGGAGGAUCAAUAUGACAUCACAGGUCCCUAUCCAGAGCAGUUUGAUGAUGUAAUGGAUUUUAUCGAGGCUACCAUCGGCAGACUCCGGAGAUCAUCAGAGCCCAGCAGCGGGGGCCCCAGGGGGCGGAGAGAGCAGAGACAGAGGGGAGCAGCAAACACAGGAGGAUCGAGAGGCGAGGGCAGAGGACACAGCGACAGGAGGCGCAGUCGGGGGCGAGGGGGAAGCCGAGGCGGUAAAGGAGGCCGAGGCGAGAGGGGGAGAGAGAGGAUAUCAGUGCAGAGUCGAGGCUGCUUGCUGAAGGAGGUCCAUCUCAAUGUGACGGACUUGGGGCUGGGCUACCAGACUAAAGAGGAGCUGAUCUUCCGGUACUGCAGCGGCCCCUGUGUCGAAGCGGAGACCAACUAUGACAAGAUCCUCAACAACCUCACGCACAACAAGAAGCUGGACAAGGACACGCCCUCUCGCACCUGCUGUCGGCCCAUCGCUUUUGACGAUGACUUAUCUUUCUUGGACGACAACGUAGUGUAUCACACACUGAAGAAGCAUUCUGCCAGGAAGUGUGGCUGUGUCUGAGGAAGUCACAUUUGACGUGACAAAAUAACAGACAUGACCAGCACCAGUGAACUAAGGAUCACCUUUUUACAAGCUGGCGCAGCAAAGGCAGGAAAAUCACUGUUGGAAAUGGGCAUAUGAGGCUGAAAAGGGAGUGUAAUGCGUCUCAUUUUUAUCAGUAAUCAUCAAAUACAGGUGAGUAUACUGACAGAUCUCUGACCUGAAAGACAUCGGAGCAGCCGCUAAAAAAAGCAAACUGUACAUUUAACUUUUGACAGUCCGUACUCGUAUCAGGUGUGAACCAAUUUGAAGAAACAAUACUGUUACACUUCCAGAGUUGCUCACUGGGCUUUUCUUAAAAGAUGAGCGCAAAAAAACUUGGGUUUUUUUGCCUGGAAGAAUUCAUUUUCCCAGGAACAUCAGUUUUUCCAUAACUGGCUCCUAAGACUCACGGAGAUUGGAGGAGUAUAUUCAGCUGCAUCCUAAAUCACUUCCACUGCGUACUCUGGAUGUUGACAUUUACAUUCAGAGCCAAGGGAUGAGAAGUACCACACCAGCGUUCAGCAAAGACUUUUUUGGUGCAACGCAUCAACAUGAAAUCCAAUCAUUUAUAUAAAUAUAUACUAUAUACAUAUAUAUACACAUGUGUGUAAGAGGUAUAUUUAUUAAGAUGGAAUUAACUUAUUGUUAUUUAUUUCAAUCCAUUUUAUGAGAAGAAAUUGUCAUUUUUCUUAUUUAUUUAAAAGCUUUGUUUUGUCCUGGAUGGUGCCAAAAUGGAGCAUUUUUCUCAAGCAUAAUCUUACACGGUGAUCCAGAAUCGCAAAACACUCACCCACACACACAUCCCGAUAAUGCUUAUUCGCUUCACUUAGAUUCCAGGGUAUCUCAAUCCAUACGUCCAAAAAAAGAUCAUCAUUAACUAUCAAGUUAAACAAGAGUAGAAAGAGACAUAGAGGAGGGGACCAAUAGAAGCUUUUUUGUUUGAAUUGAUCUUUUGUUUUGGAACAUUUUGGGAGGACAUUAACCUCAUGUGACCAUACAACUCACACCACCUGGGACUCAUAAUCAAUCAAUCACAUGCCGUUUACAUGUUUACAAGGAGACAUACAACUCUGCUGCUGUUUAUUUUCAAGACAACUUUCAAAUUAAUAAUCCAGAAUAGCUCUAAUGUCACUCCAAACAAUUGACCAGAAUUGUUUCCUCUGAGGAGUCAUGACAUCUUCUAAUAGAAAUAUAAAAUCAACAUGAGAGUAGUGGUCUCUGAGGAUCUGUAGGUGCCUUUGAGGAUCCAUCCUUUGAGUCACAAAGUACAGAAGCUGCUAGAAUGCCUGCCUAUCAGCAUGCGUUACCUGAAACCUCACUCUGGCCUUGCACCAAGUCUGAGCAAAGGCUUUGUAGCAGUUACUGUCCCAAUAGGCUUUAAAGUUCACGGGACUGCCUGUGUUUCUGUCUCGGCUCUGACAGACAGGUCUUACUCCCUGAAAGGGGAUUUGAAAGUGAUCCUCUAAUAUGAGUCUUAACCAAAUAACCCCGCCGGCAAAGGCAUUUUGGUGAAGGCGGUUUAAGGAAGCUCUAGCUACUGUAGCGACUGUCAUCGCGACACUGAUGUAAAUAUCUCAAGACUGGAUGUUUCCACAAAAGAAUAUGUUUUGGAAUUACAGAGGGAAGACAAUGGGUAGGCUCAGCACACUUUUCUACAUGCAAUAACUUGUUCAGCCAAGUUUAUUCCCAAACUAUAGCGGAAAUAUACAUCCGGGAUAACAGAGAACUCUUUGAAAGCAUGUUGCUGUGCCCAUCGAGACCCUGCGAGGGGACCGCUUUAGUGGAACAAAGAGAGUCCUCGGGUAGGUCUUGAUGUUAGCACGGAUUAGGGACCAAGGUAUCUGUGCCCACCCAGCAGCAAGCAAGCCAGCUUUACUGUGUAAUCCCCCUGCACACAGAACAAAUCCACUGCAUCAAGCUGAAUUUAGGCCAAACACUACACAGAGAGGGGAAAAAAAAAAAACCUCUAGCUUUUAUCACAGCAUACCUCAUCAAUUGGAUCAUCUUCCCCUUUAACAACUGAUUCGUGUAUAAGCCUUUCCAGAUGAGAAUGUGCAGUUAGGAGACUUCCCAGAAGCCUCAGAGCGCCUCGCUACUCUUUGAUACCAUACAUUAAAGUGUGUAAACUGUGACCACAAGCUCUCUCAUCUUUAUGACUGUUUGCUCAACUGUCUCUUAGCAAUUAGUCCUCUGGUUUUGAUGCAAAGGUAAACAAGCGAAAGGUAACAAUGCAAAGGAAUCCUCAGUGUUAAUAUUAGAAGAAAGGAUUGCAUUUGUGUUAACACCUCUGUGAAAAAAAACAUACCUGUCAUGUCGUCUCACUUGUUUUGUGUUACAGAACCAAAGCUCUCGGCAAACUUUAUUUUUGUACAAUAUUCAUUUUAUAACUUUUUACAGAAUUAAACUUGUUUCUAUUAAACGAGCGUUGGUCUGGUAUUCUGCCAUGCACAAUAAUCCCCUCAGUGCCAGAUGGUGCUAAUUUGCCUGGGUUAUGUUUACACAAGCAUCAUGUAAAAUUGAGGAUGAAAAUUUGGGUUAAAUAGAGACUUGCGGGGACGGUUUGAGAGAUGGCCUCUACAGCGCGGUGUCCCCUCCUGUUCUGCAUUCCUGAACACCAGCCCGGGGUCAUACAGUAAACAAAAGCUAGCUGUAAAGCGGCACUGAGCUGUAAAUCAAGGAGCUCAAGAAUGUUUCCACUGUGCAAAGAAGAUAUGUAAAUGCUGAUGAGAAAAUGGCAGAGGUUCAGACGGUGAGUCAUUAAGCAGGGGGCUCAAGGUGUGUAUACGAUGUAUAGCUUAGAGUCGUCUCGAGUCAAGUCACAGUUAUUGUCAUAGCAAGUCUAAAGUUAAUUUGCAAGUCUUUCUGACCUCUGAAUACUGACCAUUAAAAUGAUACAUUUAAAAAUCUCAUUUUCAAAACUGAAAAUAUUUUUUACAUACUGAGGCCCAGUUACUUUACUUGCUUAGGCCUUGUAAUUGAAUAUUUAUGAUGUUCCUGUCAUUUUUUUUGUGUACCAAGAUUUAACUGAGUCAAAAUAAUUAGCUUUUCUCAGAAUCUUUGUGACUUGGAGGAUAAGUCUGGUUAUAUUUUAUGUUGUCAACAAAUUCCAGUAAAAGACCAAAACCAACUAUGAACUGAUUAACAAAUAUCAUCUGUGUAGCUACAGCCUGAUAAAGCUUAUUCCUCAUAUGGAAUAGAGCUGAAUUGUAUUCAAAAAAAUGAUUAAAAAAAAGCAAAUAAAUUAGCCACACUGUCACACU